AUGAGCAAGACCGAAGUUGGUGAUUCGGCUACUUUGAAGGAAGAUUUGAAUGAGCAUGAGCAACACUAUUUCACAUCUUACGAUCACUAUGGCAUUCACGAAGAGAUGUUGCAGGACACAGUUCGGACGCUAUCCUACAGGAAUGCGAUCGUUCAGAACAAGGAUCUGUUUAAAGACAAGGUGGUGUUAGAUGUUGGCUGUGGGACAGGUAUCUUGUCGAUGUUUGCUGCCAAGAAUGGCGCGAAGCAUGUGAUUGGUGUUGAUAUGUCUAGCAUCAUUGAGAUGGCCCGGGAAAUAGUGGAACUGAACGGGUUUUCCGAUAAGAUCACUUUGUUGCGCGGUAAGUUGGAAGAUGUCGUGCUGCCAUAUCCCAAGGUUGACAUUAUCAUCUCGGAAUGGAUGGGUUACUUCUUAUUGUACGAGUCUAUGAUGGACACCGUUUUGUGGGCUCGUGACCGGUAUUUGGUGGAAGGUGGCUUGAUCUUUCCGGACAAGUGCUCCAUUCACCUGGCCGGCAUUGAGGAUUCCCAAUACAAGAAUGAAAAGUUGAACUACUGGCAAAAUGUCUAUGGGUUUGAUUACUCACCUUUCAUUCCCCUAGUGAAGAAAGAACCGCUUGUUGACACUGUGCAACACAGUGCAGUCAACACCACAAGGGUCAAGUUGAUUGAGUUUGACCUUAACACAAUUACGGUGGCUGACCUUGCGUUUAAGGCCAAAUUCAAGCUACAAGCUAAGAACCAAGACUUCAUCAAUGGGCUGAUCAGUUGGUUUGAUAUUGAAUUUCCCGCUGCAAAAGGCAAAAAGCCUGUAACGUUCUCGACUGGUGCCCAUGCCCCAUAUACUCACUGGAAGCAAACCGUAUUUUAUCUAGAGGAUGAUUUGGAGUGCGAGAAAGAUGAAGUAUUGGAGGGUGAAAUUGUCUGCAAUCCAAACAAGGCUAAUAACAGAGACCUCGAUAUCAAGAUUGAAUACGAAUUCAAAGCUCAAGGAUUGGACGCUAAUCAAAGGUCCAGAAAAAAUCAAAACUUUUAUUUGAUGCAUUAA